AUGGCGAUGGCACGGCCCCGCGCUCGUCUUUAUAAGCUUGUCACUCGUCAGACUCCACAAUCGAUCACAUGGUGCCUUGGAGAUAGUAAAAUUGCAAGUGGAAUGGCAUCCUUCAAGAACACUUGCUCUUACACUCCAGUGUCAAAUGUCGCUGCGGUGCUAGCAAUAGCGGUGCUGGUCUUGGCAGCGCCGGCGGCGGCCUCCGUCCCCGACGCGUCCGUGUCCGUGCAUCUCGAGGCGUUGCUGGCGUUCAAGAAGGCCGUCACCGCCGAUCCCAACGGCACGCUGUCCAGCUGGACGGUGGGGGCAGGCAAUGGCCGCGGCGGCUUCCCGCCGCACUGCAAUUGGACCGGCGUGGCCUGCGACGGCGCCUGCCACGUCACCUCCAUAGAGCUCGUGGAGACUGGGCUCCGGGGCACGCUCACGCCGUUCUUGGGCAACAUCUCGACGCUCCAGCUCCUCGACCUCACGUCGAACCGCUUCGGCGGUGGCAUCCCGCCGCAGCUCGGCCGCCUCGACGAGCUCAAGGGACUCGGCCUCGGCGUCAACAACUUCACCGGCGCCAUCCCUCCAGAGCUCGGCGAACUCAGGAGCAUACAGGUGCUGGACCUCAGCAACAACACGCUCCGCGGUGGCCUCCCAAGCCGCCUCUGCAACUGCUCGGCGAUGAUACAGUUCAGCGUCUUCAACAACGACCUCACCGGCGCAGUCCCUGACUGCAUUGGUGAUCUGGUCAAUCUCAACGAGUUGAUACUCUCCCUCAACAAUCUUGACGGCGAGCUGCCGCCGUCCUUCGCGAAGCUCACGCAGCUGGAGACGUUGGACCUCAGCAGCAACCAGCUCUCCGGCCCGAUCCCGCCGGAGAUUGGCAACUUCUCGAGUCUCAAAAUUGUCCAAAUGUUUGAGAACCAGUUCUCCGGCUCCAUCCCGCCGGAGCUUGGGCGGUGCAAGAACCUGACCAUGCUCAACAUGUACAGCAACCGCCUCACUGGUGCGAUUCCAAGCGAGCUCGGGGAACUCACCAACCUCAAGGUGCUGCUCCUGUACGGCAACGAGCUCUCGUCGGAGAUUCCCCGCUCGCUCGGGCGAUGCACGUCGCUGCUUUCGCUCCAGCUGUCCAAGAACCAGCUCACUGGGUCCAUCCCGACCGAGCUCGGCAAGCUACGGUCGCUUCGGAAACUGAUGCUCCACGCCAAUAAGCUCUCCGGAACAGUGCCGACAUCUCUGAUGGAUCUCGUCAACCUGACAUACCUGAGUUUCAGUGAAAAUUCCCUCUCGGGCCCUCUUCCGGCGAACAUUAGAUCACUCCAGAAUCUUCAAGUGCUAGUUAUUAACACCAACUCGCUCUCUGGCCAAAUUCCGGAGAGCAUUGCCAACUGCACUUCCCUGUAUAACGCGAGCAUGGCGUUCAACGAGUUCUCCGGGCCUUUGCCUGCCGGCCUUGGCCGACUACAGAACCUCGAAUUCUUGUCCUUGGGGGACAACAAGCUGUCCGGCGACAUACCGGAGGACCUUUUCGAUUGCGUCAACCUCAGGACGUUAGACCUGGCUGGGAACAGCCUCACCGGCAGCCUGAGCCCUCGCGUCGGCAGGCUCAGCGAGCUCAGCUUGCUGCAGUUGCAGGGUAAUGCUCUGUCCGGGGAGAUACCAGAGGAGAUCGGCAACCUGACGAAGCUCAUCGCACUGCAGCUCGGGGGAAACCGCUUUGCCGAGCGCGUCCCAGCGAGCGUCUCCAACAUGUCGUCCCUGCAGAAGCUCACGCUGCAGCAGAACUGCCUAGACGGCGCGCUGCCCGACGAGAUCUUCGGGCUGCGGCAGCUCACUAUCCUCAGCGUCGCGUCGAACAGGUUCGUCGGCCCGAUCCCCGACGCCGUGUCCAACCUGCGGUCUCUCUCCUUCCUCGACAUGUCGAACAAUGCGCUGAACGGCACGGUCCCUGCGGCGGCGGGAAACCUCGACCAACUCCUCACGCUGGACCUCUCCCACAACCGCCUCGCCGGCGCCAUCCCCGGCGCGGUGAUCGCGAAUUUGAGCACCCUGCAGAUGUACCUCAACCUGUCGAACAACAUGUUCACGGGUCCGAUACCGACCGAGAUCGGAGGCCUCACGAUGGUCCAGUCCAUCGAUCUGUCCAAAAACCGGCUAUCCGGUGGUGUCCCGGCGACGCUGGCCGGGUGCAAGAACCUCUACUCGCUCGACCUCUCCGCCAACAACCUCACCGGCGCCCUGCCUGCCGGCCUCUUCCCCCAGCUCGACGUCCUCACAAGCCUGAACAUCUCCGGCAACGAGCUAGACGAGGACAUCCCUUCAAACAUCGGUGCACUGAAGAACAUACAGACGCUGGACGCGUCACGGAACGCGUUCACCGGGGCCAUACCGGCGGCGCUGGCGAACCUGACCAGUCUGAGGUCUCUGAACCUCUCCUCGAACCAACUUGAGGGUCCCGUGCCGGACUCCGGUGUGUUCUCGAACCUGAGCAUGUCGAGCCUGCAGGGCAAUGCUGGCCUCUGCGGCUGGAAGCUUCUCGCUCCCUGCCACCACGCCGGAAAGCAGGGGUUCUCGAGGACAGGGCUCGUGGUCCUAGCGGUGCUGGUGCUGGCCGUGCUGUUGCUAUUGCUGCUUGUGACGAUUCUCUUUUUUGGCUACCGGAGGUACAAGAAGAAGAAGGGAGGCUCUACCCGUGCAACCAGUUUCUUGGAGGACUUCGUCGUGCCGGAGCUGAGGAAGUUCACUUACAGCGAGCUGGAGGCCGCCACCGCCUCGUUCGACGAAGGCAACGUCAUCGAAUUCGCGUACAUGAGGACGGUGUCGCCGAAGGCUGACGUGUUCAGCUUUGGCGUCCUGAUGAUGGAACUCUUCACCAAGCGACGCCCGACCGGGACUAUCGAGGAGGAUGGCGUGCCACUGACACUGCAGCAGUACGUGGACAACGCGAUCUCGAGGGGCCUCGACGGGGUGCUCGACGUCCUGGACCCCGACAUGAAGGUGGUCACCGAGGGCGACCUGUCCACGGCGGCGGACGUGCUGAGCCUGGCCCUGUCGUGCGCCGCGUUCGAGCCGGCGGACCGGCCUGACAUGGACAGCGUGCUUUCAACCUUGCUGAAGAUGAGCAAGGUCUGUGGAGGAGACUAG